UCCGAUUUCAAAAUGCGAUGUUUUUCACCUGCAACUAAAAUAGACCCUAUACGUUGCACCAAAGCAGCACAAAGGGGUAUUGAUGGGAAAUAUCCAUCAGAAAUUCGCAUAUUUUCUAGACCAUGGUCAGAGGUGUAUGAACCCCAUUCAUUGUGAAUGGCUCUUUAUGUCAGAACAAUUCACCGAAGAUCGAUACUGCACACCCUUGGUCCCUAUGCAAAGUGAUCAUCCACCCACACAGCGAAUGCAGGCUUGACAUCAGUGUUUUACUGGGAACCUGUGGUAAUGUCCAUUAUGGGUAACUCGCUAGUCAAGAUCCGAAUUCACAUCAAUAAAUUUUUUGUGCAAUGAGAAUAACCCUUAAAAUACUUUAACUUGAAAUUCUCUGCGUUUAAAACUAUACAGAAAUAAACAGCCAGAAGCAUUUAAUAUAAACAAACGAAAUAUAAACAAGCAUGAUUUUUGUUGUUGUGGUUGUUGGAUAUCGGUUCGGUAUUGAUUUUUCUCGUUUCGCUUGAAUAUUAUAUUGAAUUUGGUACUUACUUGAUAAGAUGAUAUUGAAAAGUGUAAUUGUAAAUGCUUUAGUAUUUUUCUGCUAAACAACAUUGCUACCUUGCAACAUUCUGCUAAACAACAUUGCUUUCAUUGAAGUAUUUUGCUACUAAUUGUGGAAUUGGAACAGUAUUGAAAAUAUGGUUUUUACUCUAUUUUAUAAGAGGGGCGCUGGUGUCUCAUCUCGAUUUGUGUCAUCAUAUUAUUCGAAAAGAAUGAAAACUAUGCAAGCCUGGCAAACAUUUGAAUAUGGAGGUCCUGAAAAAUUGCAGUUAAACUCUUCUGCCGAAAUACCAGUUAUCCGAGAUAGUUUAGAUUGUUUAAUAAAAGUUCAUGCUGCAAGCAUCAACCCAUUGGAUGUUGAAAUGCUGGCUGGAUAUGGUGACACUUCUUUUAACUUUAUGCGUCAGCUUAGUAAGUGUUCUUUAAAUGCUCCGAGAUUUCCUUUGGUACUCGGUCGUGACUUUUCAGGAACAGUUGUUCAUGUAGGCAAGAGAGUCAAAAGUGUUAAAAUAGGAGAUGAGGUUUGGGGUGCCCUUAGCCCUUGGGCAAAUGGCUCUUUUGCUGAAUAUAUGUUAGCACCUGUCUGUUAUAUAUCUAAAAAACCUAAUUCAUUGAAUCAUCCUGACGCAUCUUCAUUUCCAUAUGCUGCAUUAACAGCUUGGUCUGCUCUUCGCAUAUUUGGAGGACUUUGUGAAAAAUCAUCUUAUGGAAAAAGAGUUCUUGUUAUUGGAGCAUCUGGAGGUGUUGGCACUAUUAGUGUUCAGUUAUUAAAAUCUUGGGGUGCUGAUGUAACAGCUAUUUGUAGCAGUGAUGCAACAGAAAUGUUAUAUAACCUAGGUGCUGAUACAGUCUUAGAUUAUCAGAGUCCAGAAUUUAAAAUGAGUCUCAAGGAAAUGAAAAAAUUUGAUUUAAUAUUAGAUAAUGUUGGAAAAGAAUAUCCUGGGUUGUGUAUGGAUUUGCUAAAUAAUUGGAGAAACAGUAAAUAUGUUACUCUUGUUUCACCUUUAUUGAAGAACACAGAUGAUCAAGGUUUGUUUAUAGGUACAUUUCUAUCCGGUGUUCAGGCUGGCUUAGAUACUGCCAUGUCCUUUAAAGAUGGAAAAUCAUUCAGAUGGGCUUAUUUCAUGCCUAAUGGUUGUAUAUUAAAGAAACUGGCACAAAUGGUUGAUAAUAAACAGAUAAACCCUGUAAUUGAGAAAGUAUAUCCAUUUGAAGAAGUUCCUCAUGCCUUUGAAAAAGCAGUAAAAGGCCAUGCAAGAGGAAAAACAGUAAUAAACUUUACAGCAGAGCAAGAUAAAAAUCAAGAAAAACACAACUGAAAACAAAAUUUGUAAAUUUUAUUUAUUAAAAAAAGUCAUUGUACAUAUUUAUCAGCUUUAGAAAAAUGGUUUGCUGAUAGUUUACUAAUGAAACAUCUAUAUAUGAUCAAUAAAAUAUCUUAGUAUAAUUUAA